AUGCGACUUCUCGGAACUCUCGCAACCGUCCCCUUCGUCUUCUCGGUAUACGUCGCUGGGGAACAUGGGUAUCUCUGCUCGGAUGCUGAAGGAACAACAAACACAACAUAUAAUCAAGCUCUCGUGGAGAAAAGUGUGACGGAUGCAUGUCUUCCAGACAGCGAGCUGUCCGCGGCCGAACUCGCGGCAAACGCCGAGGCGAAGAAGUAUCCUCAGGUCUGGGUUGACUCGGAAGAUUAUGGCUUCAAUGAGACCGUUUUACUCUGGAAAUACCAAGGAAAUAGCUCUGAGUCUCUAGAAGAGCUUAAUGUCCUUGUUUUUACCAACAAAUCCUGUAAUAUUUUGGGAUUAUUACAGGUAUCUAGUGACCAGUAUGCGAUCUGCAGAAAUAACAAUGAACAAAAUGACAAGAAAACAAGCCCGGAGAUCUUGUCUAAAAAGCCUCGGCCAGGUAUUUUCGUUAAAAAGGGGGAUAGAUACUGCGCUGAUGGCUCAACUGCGGAAAAAGCAAUAACUAUUCAUCCUGAACAUACAAGUGAAUGGGGCAGCAAGCAUAAUAAUUAUGAGGAUUCAAAUACUGAUAGCGAAUUCCUACAAAAUUUUAGAAGAACCCGCAAACCAAUGUUGUCGUGUCUUGAGAGUUCUGUCUUCGGAGAAGGCUAUGGACAGUGUAGCGAUAUAGUAAAUGCCACACCCAACCCUGAAUCAGGGGUUUGGGGGUCACAUAUUGCUACGUUGGACGAUCAUCACAACUAUAGACAACGAAGCGGAGGAUCUGAACACCAUCAAUCUUCACCUCAAAGCCGAUCUAUCCUGUCGUAUUUUUAUUCGGGAAAUUCGAAAAAAAAAGGUACUCGAAAGGGCUCUUAUGAUCUUCCUACUUAUAAUACUCCGAGAUCAGACUCAUCUGGAAACUCGAAUAUGGAGAGAUAUCAUGAAGUUACACCAGAUGAAUACAAAGACUUGGAAAAAGGGGCACAGUAUGCCCCAUCUUAUUAUAGUGGAUAA